CAGGAUGUCGUGGAAGAACCCCGUCGCAACUCGGACAAUAAAGGCACUUUUCUCGGAACCACACCCUGCCACUCAGGCAGUCCAACCGGCGCCACAACCAGCUUGCCCGCUCAAAGUCCAUUCGGGGCAGCUCAUGUCAUUCCACGGGAAAAGCGGACCGCAUGGGACUCGUAUUUCCAGGCUCUUCGCACGAACAUCGCCGCCGACCUGGUGGACGCCGACCUGCGAACUUGGAUUCGCGAGCAACAGGUCAACUACCAUAGUCUCACCGAGUACCGUCGCGAACGAUUGAAAGAGAUUGGAUUGGGUUCCUCCGAUCACGAGGACAAGUUGCAACGGAAACGAACCAAAGGAAUGAAUCAGCGGACUCUCUACUGGGACGACAUGUGGGAAGACUUGAAGGCGUGUCGUGAUCACCAUGGUAACGAUUGGUUGUCGACUGUUCCGGAAGAACUCGGCAAGUGGUUGCGACGACAGCGACUCUUGUUGGACUCGGAUCAACUGUCGGAUGCCCGGCAAGCCAAGUUGGCGUCCAUUGGCAUUGUUCCAAUAUACGAGGAGGGCGUGUCGGCGUUGGCAACCAAGAAGUCUCAUGAUCCUCUCACAAUGACUGCGCCCCACCAGGGUAUCCGUCGAGUGAGCUUGUACUGA